UAUUUGGCUGCUUCUCAAAACUUCCAUUCUGGCACAGAUGUCCUCAUGCUGGCUACAAAUCUUAUUCGCAAGGACUUAACAAGCACCAAUUUGUAUGACGCUGGGAUCGCGUUAUCUGGUGUCGCUUGUUUUAUUAAUUCAGAUCUAGCAACGGACCUAUACCCUGACAUUCUAAGCCUAAUGAAUUCCCCUAAACCGUAUUUACGAAAGAAAGCUGUAUUAUUACUGUACAAGGUCUUCCUGAAUUACCCAGAAGCACUUCCCAUAUGUUUCCCACAGCUGAGAGAUAAACUUGAUGAUUCAGAUCCAGGGGUACAAUCAGCUGCUGUCAAUGUUAUAUGCGAAUUGGCUCGUAAAAAUCCGAAAAAUUACCUGUCUCUUUCACCUAUAUUUUUUAAACUGAUGACAACAUCAUCUAAUAAUUGGGUUCUCAUUAAAAUUAUUAAACUGUUUGGUACGUUAACACCUUUGGAACCAAGAUUAGGUAAAAAGUUAAUUGGACCUUUAACCAAUUUAAUUCACAGUACAUCAGCAAUGUCCCUCUUAUAUGAAUGCAUAAAUACAGUGGUUGCAGUACUCAUUUCAAUAUCUUCUGGAAUUCCUAGUCACCAAGCGUCGAUACAGUUAUGUGUUCAAAAACUACGCAUUUUAAUUGAAGACUCAGAUCAAAACU